UUUAAGCUUCAUCAAAAGCAUACAGAAGCAAGCCUGAAAGUUCAAUGUAACAAUCAGAUCUUAGGAUUGUAAAAGUAGUCUUAGAUCAAUAUGGCUGACGUAGGAGACCUCUUAGUCUUCUCUCUUUGUGAACUCAUUUAUUUCUGAAUCACAGAACUCUGAAGAGGAAAAUGAGGAUUUGUUAAUAUUAUUCCGCUCUUAAUCUCAAUAACAAUGGUGAUAAACCUUGUUAGUCUCUGUUUUUCAAAUAUGAUAAAAUUCAUAUGUUGCUUUUCAGUAGUCCGUAAGUAAACUGGUCCUAAAGUGUUUUUGAUUCUGGAAAGAACAUUCCAGUCAAUGUUGUCUCCACUCCACAAGCACUAAGUCUGCUACUACCGAUGGGAAAGUGGCUAAUACCUUGUUAUCUCCAGUUGAUGAAAACCCUGCUCAGGGUGAAUAAUACUGCCAUUAUAGCAGCCACCAAUCGAUGUGUUUGAAUCAUGACUUGGAUCAGUUAUUCCUCAUCAUGGGGAUGUAUCAGCCAAGAAGGGAAGACUCUUGGAUAUACAUGCUAUUU